AUGUUAAAAUCUUCUUUCUUUCUUUCUCUCUUUCUUUCUUUAUUUCUUUCCUGCCUGCUUUCUUUCUUUCUUUAUUUCUUUAUUUAUUUCUUACAUCAUUUAACACUUUCGUUUUCUUUGUUUCUUUCUUUUUUGUUUGUUUCUUUCUUUCUUUCUUUCACAUGCCUAGCAUUCGUUCUUUCUGUCGCUUUUACAUCAUUUAUCCCUUACUUCUUACUUGAUAUUUCUUUCUUUCUUUCUUUCUUUCUUUCUUUCUUUUACAGCCUCUCUGACUCAUUCUUUCUCAUUUUCUAUUGUCUUAAAAACCCUCUUAUCUCCGUUAAUCUCUCUCACAUUUCUUUCUUUCUUUCUUUCUUUCUUUCUUUCUAUCUAUCUAUCUAUCUAUCUAUCUAUUUUUAUCAGUCUAUCACUCUUUCUAUCGCGCCCUUUCACUAUCUAUCUAUCUAUCUAUCUAUCUAUCUAUCUAUCUAUCUAUCUAUCUAUCUAUCUAUCUAUGUUUCAGUUUAUUACUCUUUCUCUCUCUUACAUUUCUAUCUAUCUAUCUAUCUAUCUAUCUAUCUAUCUAUCUAUCUAUCUAUCUAUGUUUCAGUUUAUUACUCUUUCUCUCUCUUACAUUUCUAUCUAUCUAUCUAUCUAUCUAUCUAUCUAUCUAUCUAUGUAUGUUUCAGUUUAUUACUCUUUCUCUCUCUUACAUUUCUAUCUAUCUAUCUAUCUAUCUAUCUAUCUAUCUAUCUAUCUAUCUAUCUAUCUAUCUAUCUCAUUACAUUCUUUUCUUUUCUAUCUAUCUAUCUAUCUAUCUAUCUCAGUCUAGUCAUAUCUAUCUAUCUAUCUAUCUAUCUAUCUAUCUAUCUAUCUAUCUAUCUAUUUUUAUCAGUCUAUCACUCUUUCUAUCGCGCCCUUUCACUAUCUAUCUAUCUAUCUAUCUAUCUAUCUAUCUAUCUAUCUAUCAGUUUAUUACGCUUUCUCUCUCUCACCUUAUUUUCUAUCUCUGUUUCAGCUUUUUACUCUUUCACUAUCUAA